AUGAACGCCACAACGAAGGUAAGGUACAGAAGCAAGCGGUUAGCGCUGGCGACCAUCUCGCUGAUGACCGCACUGACCUGCGGCACCUGCGGCACGCCUGACGAUUAUCUGGUGGACAAGUCGACGGGUAUCGGGUACAGGCUGGUGUAUCAGGCGCAGACGUGGCCGGUGGCGAGAGACCGCUGUGCUGACGAAGGCGCUAAGCUUGCAGUACCCAAAACAUUGAAUGAAUACCUGUUCAUGCAGAAGCUAGUCCGCGGGAUGCAAUACUCCAGCAUCACGGGCAGCGACUACAAGCUGGUGGUGUGGCUCGGGAUACACAACCUGGAUGACUACAGGAUAUGGAAGAAUGUUGAUGGUGAAAAUAUAAACGAGACCGGUUUCCACAAAUGGUCCCGAGGGAACGGAGACGGCUUCAGCGACGCGCCAGAGGAGCCUCACUGCGCCGGACUGGACGCUGUCAACUGGCUGCGUGACUUCUGGUGCCACCGACGACAGCCGUACAUAUGCCAGAUUAAACCAAUUUAA